AUGGAACCCACUAGACUUGCCGUGUCUCAGCCGAUCUCAGGUGAAAAGGCUCCGGAAUCACGCAAAAGAAAAGCGUCGGAUGUAUCCAAUAAAGAUACUACAAUACCUCGACAGAAGAUCACUCGAGCCUGUGAUUCGUGCAAAGUCAAGAAGACGCGAUGUACAGGCACCCUCCCAUGUACAAGAUGCACGCGACUGUCGCUUCCGUGCAAAUACAACGCCGCCUAUUCGCGGGGGCUCCCACCCGAGCCCUUACCGGCCUCAUCCAGACAUGCACCGGAUGAGCGACGUGCAUCCGACGCCGAGGGCGGGCGGAACCCGAGCAGCGGCCAGGAUCCGACCAAGAAUGGCGGUUUACUGACGAGACCGAACCCGCACCACGCUGCAUCGGCGCGGACCUCGCCCGAGCCUGGAUCAACGGACUUUGAAGGCAAUUAUCUCGGUCCUUCGUCGGGCGUGUCGUUUAUUAAUCGCGUCUGGAGCCGUCUGCAUCAGGACGAGGCACAUUAUCCGGGUGAGCAUCAGGAUGAAUCGUCGAACAAGAACACUGCCGUGUUCAUGUUUGGCGAUAAGCCUUAUGCGCACUCGCAGGAAGCAGGCUUUAUCCUGCCUUCUUUGGAGAGGGCUCUAGAGCUGGUAGGCAUUUACUUUGAUUUCUCUAUGGUGACCUAUCGCUUCAUUCAUCGAGGCAAUGUUGAGUCGUGGACCAGACAGGUCUAUGAGCAGGGGAUCAGCCCCACCAACCUUCCUGCGGGUAAUAUGGUGGCUAGAACGGCCAUAGUUCUCUUGCUAUUUGCUGUGAGUACAUUGUACGUGGAACUGAGCCCGGGUGGUCUGCCUGUCGGUCGAGGUGAAAGUGAGCGUUGGUAUGCCGCAUCCACAUACAUGCUUUCCCUUGAGGUGGGCCCACCGCGAUUGGAAACAAUACAGGCUCGAUUGUGUCAAUGUCUGUAUUUACUAUCAUCCUCGCGGGCGAAUGAGUGCUGGUACUCAUUCGGUACCACGACACAACUUGUGACGGCACUUGGACUGCACCGGAAACAGCGGGUUCAGCCGCCCAAGAGAUGCUCGUAUCUAGAAUUGGAACUUCGAAAACGCACCUUCUGGAGCGUAUAUACCCUAGACAAAUAUCUAAGUAUCAUGUUUGGAAGACCUCGACUAUUGCAUGAUGAGGAUAUUGACCAAGAGUUUCCCGACGUGACGAAUGACGAGGAUCUGCUAGAAGAAGAUCCCACUCGACGAACCGGAUCUACAGAUAGCAUGAUGAUUGCCUCUGUUCUUCAUUAUCGCAUCUACACCAUAUCUCGAGACUCGCCCCUCGAUACAGCCGUCAGAUUAACAUCCGAGCUGGAGAAAUGGAAACAGACAGUCCCGCCCCUGUUUAACAGUGUCCGCCCAUCUAGCCUGAUUCCGCCCCUCUGUCGCCAAAGCCAAGUUCUUCAACUCGCAUACUCACACGCCAUGAUCCAUGUCACGCGCUCAUUCCUCCUAAGCGACUUUACAGAUCUAGGCCGCCGACCCAAAAUUCCGCAUCCAAUGGUCAGCUCAUCCGUUCAGAAAUGCAUCCAAGCCGCCGAAGACAUCAUGACCAUCAUCGAUGACCUUGCUCAACAAAACGUGCUCAUCCAAUCUUUCUGGUUUACGCACUAUGUAUGCUUCUGCGCCAUCCUAGUCGUUUACAUUUACACAAUCCAACAGCAUCGGAAGUCAACAGGGACAUCAAGUUCAAUAUCUGUAUCGUCCGCCGGAAGUCCAGGAGACCCAGAUAAGCUACGAUCCCUAUUCUCACUAGCCGAAACCUGCCAGCGGCAUCUUGCCGAAGCCACGCGGAAAAACUGUCCCAGUCGGCGGUAUGGAAUCAUCCUCGAGGAAUUGAGACAGGAAGUUCAUCGGCAGGCUGGGUCGGCUGAUUUUGGGAUCGAAACGUCCCAUUCUAUCCAGGACCAGGACUUCCACUUCCCCGACUCCAAUUAUGCUGCUCGGCCAGUUGCAUCAGAGGUUCCGGUGGAGUCCAUGCACGCAGCCGAAAUAGAGUUUGGCACGGGGGAUGAUCUUGGCUUUCUUGAGAGUCUUGAAGGGUCCGCUUGGUGGGCUCAACUUGAUUCGUGGGUGAGUUUGGAAGUUGGGAUUCGAUUCGUAUUGUUGCUCAUCUCUUUCUAG